GGUCAUGGUCGGGAUUAGAAAAAAAAAACAUUUUUACUUAAUCAAGUAUACGACAUGUGGCCGUCAGGCCAUAAGGAAUAUUAAAGUGGGCCACAUACAUAAGUUUGAAAGAUGAAUGAUAGUUGGAAAUGGAAAAACCAUGUUCUUUUAAAGCCAACCAAUUUUAUUGAAACAAUAAUUGAUUAACUGUAGUAACAACUGAGUCUUAUACAUAUAUUCAAUUCAAAAUGAUAAAAAUCUUCGAAAGCAAAGUGCUUAAUUGAUUCUACAGUGUAUUUACUUUUUAUAUGCCAGCGAACCAAUUAAAACCCAAUUGUUUCUGAUUGAAAUCCCAGUAUUUGAUUAAAAGUUCCGAAAUGCGUGACGAUAAAUUGUUUUUUUACGCCUCUUUGCCUGCUCCGUAAAUGGAAUUUUUAAUCCUUGGCGGCACUGUCGAUGUCCUUAAUUGAAUGGGGUGUGCUCCGUGGCUUUGGGCUGGCUUUGUUUUGGUGCUCGGACGCAAUGGCACCUUCCAUUAUUCCGAUGUUACCACGCGUGAUGAACUUGUCGCCGACCACCACUGCACAGUAGUCCAUAAUUUAUUUAGCCCAAAGGUUGUUCGCGGGGGUGGUGGCACUGACACCGGCUAAGUUAAUCAAUAAUUUCAUCUCUAAUGCAUGGCCUUGACAUGGCAUAAAUAGAAACAACCUGCUUAAAUUAGCCAUGUUCGUUAGCCAUUUAGCCUGCAGAAGCAACGGAUUAAAAUAUUAAGUAAACUGAAGUUUGUCGACUUAAGCUGUUUGUUUGUUUUUCCGAAAAUGUUGAAUUUGUCGAGCAAUAAUUUUUAUGAUAUAUAGGUGUUUAUAGAGCCGUGGAUGCCUUUAAAAUUUAACAUUUUCUUUUAUAAAAAAGCUUUAAGUCAACAUAGCACUUCUUGAUUCUUUUACUCAAAAAGAAAUAAAAUCCCUUACAAACAGAGCCUAUCCCAACAAUAAUAAUACUGAUGAGAAAGGAAACUCACCACAAUGAAGACAUGAACCUAAAAAGCUUUUGCACUUAGCUUUAAAGGACCAAAACAGCAAGCUACUAGCAAAAGCUUUUUAGAAAGCACCUACUUAAUUUCCAUGGCUUCCUACCUCAAUAAUAGAAGCUUGAGUUUCCAAAAGCACUCCGUGGUUAUUCGAUACUGACCACCUUGCACUGACCAACUUGUUGAUGCCUCGACAGAACGUGCAUUUGUUUAUGUUUAUUGCGUUUGCUUUACCGUCAUUUAUUUAUUAUGACUGAGAAUUAUUUGUAUAUAUGCGAGCAAUGCCCUGAAGUAGUAGAAAUUCGUUGGCAGUUUAUUUCAUUUGGAGCCAUCGGCAGAGUUGGUUUACACUCUACUUCUCCUUAUCCAAGAUGUCUUCCUAUUCGAGAAAGGAUUUCGAACCAGCUGCCUAUGUGGAAGUCCGCAAUGGUAGCUGUCUAAAGGCGGAAAAAUCACCUGGCAGGUGGGAAAAUGAGAUCAUCAGGUCGGCUGCCCAAGAGCACGAACAGAAAAUGCGACAGCGAUUUGUAGAGAAAACCAACAGAGAUCAUGAUAAAAAAUUCAAACAUAAAACUGAAUACGACUAAGUAGGCAUAGAAAUUUGUUUCAAAUAUAUGACAUUGGAAUUUAUUUUCAAUUGGAAGUAGAAAGUCGGCUUGUUUGUAUUUUCUUCAAAAAUGUUUUCCACCUAUUCGAUCAAUGAUGUGGCCGCCAAUGAAGAAGUAGAUCAUACCGAGGAGGAUUUUUCUUCAAAAGUCGAAGCCGAUAUAAAGUCGAUCAUCCAUCUGGCCCACCAGGAGCAGGAGGCUGUGAUCCACCACAAUGUUACGAGCGCGAUGAAGCAACGCGCAGAAGAGUUGGCCAAGCUGUGGGAUAUUCGAUCAUCAUUAUCAAGCUUAGCGCAGAUCAAGGCCGCUCGUGAUGAGGAACUUAGAGCUCUAUUGGACCAAAUCGUUACGAAUGAGGACAGUAGCGAUGAUGAUGAAGAUGAAGACAAGGAAGAUCCCUUUUAAUGUCACUAUCAUCUGUUAAUUAAAUGCUUGAGUGGCUUAAAAGACAA